UUACUUUAAUGUUGUCAAAUGUCGUGAUAAAGUAACAUAUUUUUUAAUUUUUUUUAAUGUUUUUUUGUAUUCCUUUUGGUAUUUUUUUGUUUAAAGCAUGAGUGAGCCACGUUUGGUUCCCCAUAAUGCAGAUCCUGAUGAAUCAAAAACAUCUCAACCUUUGGCGAAGUCUGUUUCAAAAUUAGCACCAGAAGAACAACCUCCAAAAACAGAAGGUAGUAAAAACAUCCUUCCGCAAACACCUUCAGAAGACAAGAGGAACAUUGAUUUGUCUCCAUCACUGAAAUCAAAACAAAGUCAAAGCUUUAAUGUUGGUGCUAGUAUAGAAGAUACAAUACACGGAACUAAUCGAGAUAUAAACAAAGAACUAAUUUCUGCAACAGAAAGUAGUCAAAAAAAUAUUUCUCAAAUACCCUCUGAAGACAGGGAGAAUGUUGUUGUAUCUGCAUCAUUGGAACCAGAUGAAAGGCAAAAUCUUAUCGCUGAUAGUAGUCGAGAAAAUGCUAGUAGAAAACCGACUCUGGUUGGCGAAGAAAAUCAAAGUACAACUCCAGAAGCAGAAGCUAGUAAAAUCCUCAGUUCGCAAACACCAUCAGAAGACAAAGAAAGUCAAAAUGUUAUCGGUGUCGAUAUCAAAAAAAAUUCAAAAAGAAGAGUGACCCUGGCUGACGAAUAUGAUAAAGAUAUAACAUCAGAAUCACUUCCAAAAACAGAAAGUAAGAAAUAUAGUCUUCCGCAUACACCGUCAAGAGACAAGAAGGCAUCACUGAAAUCAAUAGAAAGUCAAACCUCGAAUGUUGAUAGUAGGAAGAAAAGAGUCACACUCAUUGACUCUCAAAAUAAAAUUAUAAGCCCGGAACUAUAUCCAAUAACAGAAGGUCAUGAGCACCUCAUUCCGCAAAUAUUUUCAGGAGAUAGACAGGCUAUUCAUGUAUCUUCAUCGCUGGAAGAUACUCAUACCCUUAUGAGUGAUGAUAGUCAAGAAGAUGUACGAAAAAGAAAAGUGACUGUGGUUGACGAAGACCUGGAAGAAGAUUUUUUCGAUAAAUUUGGACAGAACUAUCAAAUCCUGAGUACAAUAGCAGGUAUGGAGGAAGUUAGUGAGAUGGCAAAUGCAAAUGAAAAAUUAACAAAAAUGGGCUAUAUAAGGCAUUCGUCGACGAUGAGGAGCUUCAAGGCAUCUAUUAACACACUGGCGCCCGAGAGAGAGUCGACAGGUACCACCGCACAAAGACCCAGCGUCUUCUUCAGUUUUCCCAGCAGAAUGGACCAAUCCGACACUGAACUGGACACUUUGUUCGACUUCUCGCAAAGAAGCGAAAUGGUUCGUUUCGACAUUUACGAAGAGGAGGAGGAGGCGGCACGGCCACCGUCCGUAUGCCAAGAGGAAGAAGAAAGAAUAGAUCGGAACCCUUACUACGUAAAAUACGAUAACAUAAUUGAGAUACUAACAGAAAACAGAUGGAAGAACAACUUCCUUCAGAAGAAACUCGCGAUACUACUGAAAAGGAGGAAGAUGCAGAAUUUUCUAAAAACGGGCGAACCGCCUUUAGAACAACUGAACAAGUACCAUCUUAGAUUGACAGCGUACGGAGAAAUGUUGCGUCAAACCAAGAUUCAACGUGAAACGGCAACCGUCGAGGUGGCUUCUAUGAGGGUCCGCAGGGACGAGAAACGUAGCGUUUUAAAGACCAUGUUCGAAUCCAUGCAGAAAAGAGAGGGACAAAUCGGACACGGCUUGGUACAUACGAAAACUGGAAACGCUAUACCCGAUAAGGUCGUAGAUAGACUGAUGCGUAGACAGAGGAACCAGAUGGAUCAAGUGAGCUCUAUGAGGCUAAAAUAUAUAAAACUGGGGGAAAUGAUACAAGAAAAGCUGAUCGCUAUAGAAGAAGUAAAUAACAUAAGUAGUAAGCAUAAGCUUGUCGACUUCGAGCAACUGAAGGCGGAAAAUCGAAAUUACUCGGACAAGAUCGAGGAACGAGAAGAAGAGUUGACGAGGUUGAGAGUCAAAGGCCACAACAUUAUCCAAACUUUGGCUCAUAUGCGCGAAAAGUCGGCCGCUUUAGACUGCGAUUUGUUCGAUCUGAGAGACGAAUUGGACAGAAUGACUUACGAAUACAUGGAGAAUCGAUAUUACGUAAACGAAAUCAAGAAAAAGAAAGUGGCUACGAGGCAGCGUAUUGAAAGGUUCAAAGACUACGACGGUGGUCUUCUAGCUCAUAUGGAUCUCCUGAGUGACAUGCAGACAGUCCAACGUCAAUUCAAACAAUAUACCGAGGACUUGCAAGCUUGCAAGAAAGAUGUCGAUAUAACGAUCGUUCAGGUACGAAAUGCAAGAAAAAAUAAACAGAAAAUGAUGGACGAGAUACAAAAAAGAAAAAUGUUAAGAAGCAAAGGUGUAAAUGUAUCGAACAAAAUUAGCUCGAAAUACAAAUAUGUAAAGGAAGGUGUAUCAAUUGCAAAAGUUACUACGCCUCCUGAGGCACUAAGUAUAUAUAAGAGGAGACCUACGUUAUAUAUGCCGAUAAUAACUGAAAGCAAUUUUGACGAUUUGGUUACCAUCAGGCCGAACCCUAUAUCACCCACCAGAAGGAAACACAAUAUUCCCAAGAAUAAAAAGAAUAAUACAUAAACUAGUUAAAUUUCUACAAGUUUUAAUACGCAAAAGAUAAAAUAAAAAAUAUAUACCACCACACCGCUGUUUUUAUUGAUGUUGGUCCUUCCAUCAACGGCCAGAAUUGGGCGACGCCGAAGGCGACGCGCCACGUCGAGAAUGUUAAGUCGACAAUUGAAUUGUUGACGCGUCAACUAUGGUGUUGUUUUUAUUUUUUUAUUCCUAAAUAUUUCACACGAGUGGUCCGAAAUGUGGGAGUUUAUCACUGUAGAUUGUAAAAGACAUAAAAUAUUUAUUUUAUAGUUUACUGUCAAUUUGUUAUAUUUAAAGCAGUUACAAGAACAGUAAACUAAUCGGAUUGCUCAUCCUCAUAGUACGUUCGCCUCUUCUCGCGCUUCAGC